AUGCGGGAUCUCAGUCUCUCCCACCACUGGACAGUUCAUACAGGCCGAUCUAUCAGUCAAUGCUGGUCUACCGAGAGCCCUUGUGGUGUUGACAUAUUUCGGCUCGGCGUCAAUCAUUUGUUUGUCAUGUAUGGCAUUUUGAGUGUCGCCAGCCUACACCUUGCCUCUCGCGAACCUGUUGAUUCGAAAGAGUAUCUCGAAACAGCUGAGAUGCACCAUAAACACGGGAUAGAACAGGUUCGGCAGUUGGACUGGGAGAGCAUGGACACUUCUAGCGAUGCACUUCGAGCUUUCUCGACCCUCAAUCUUAUCUACACCUUGGCUACCUGUGGUCCGCUGGCAGGCCUCACAGGCGAUUCCAGCCCGGACAAACUCUCCAUUGGCCCACAAUGGAUACAUGAAGUCCGGGCUACUGCACCAAAGGUUGACAUGUGCCAGUAUCCGACGUCUCUCAACGAAAUUGACAAUACAAUGGACUUUGCUGCAGAAGACGAUUAUUUCGUUCGCAUACGCGAAACCUUCAGCCACGCCUCAGAUGCAGAAGUAUAUGACUCGGCUCUUCUGCUAUUGAGGCGCUGUCAUAGUCACCUUUCUGGACCCCGAAGUGGCCAUGCAAAUAACACAACACGUUGCGACAUGGACAGAUGGUAUGCGCUUGUAGACUUUCUCUGCCAUCUCUCGGAGGAGUAUAUCGAGAGGCUCCAUCAACGACAGCCGCCCGCCCUUAUCAUUUUGUCUUUCUUUGGGGCGACAUUGUCUUUGCUAGGGGGUUCUUGGUUCAUCAAGGGUUGGGCGCGCUCAAUAGUCACAACGGUCGAUAGUAUCUUAGGAAGUUAUUGGGCACAAUAUACUGGGUGGUGCCGUGACAUAGUAGCACUUCAAUUUAUUGAAGCCGACGAAUAA